UGGUUUUGAAUGCAUCUGCUGGUUCUGCGAUACUGUCACCUUUCGUGUACUGUGUGGUCAGCAGCAACCUCGUGGUGUUGUGGAAAUUUGUGUGUGACAUUUUCCAGACUGUAGAAGCGAUGGACCAGGAGCCAACUAAGUGGAUAAAAAAAGAGGAAACUCAUGAAGUACAAACUGAGUUACACUUCAUAUUUCUUGAAGACCCUUUAAAGGCUGGCGACCCUAGUGUUUGCGUAAAGCAAGACCCUGAACUGAAACGCCAUGCUUCUGGAUCUGAGCAUAAUUCUGUUGAAGAUCCAUUGGGAAUAUCUUUGUCCACUGAUUUUAUCAAGGAGGAUCCUGAAUUAAAUAUAACUGAGAAUACUGUGGAAACCUCAAUAAGAUGUGCAUCUGAUAGUGCAAGAUUUACUCGGACUAGUGGUGGGAGGUGCAGCAUAUCAUGUGAAGAACCUUGUCACCAUAGACUGGUCCAGGAUGAAUUGGUGAUAGACAUGGAGAAGUCAACACAUGGGUUCAGUACCAAUACAGAAGAUAUGACUGUUGAUAAGGAAUGCUCAGUUGCCAUCCAAUAUGACUGUAGUACGAGGGAAAAGGAAUUACAUGUAUAUAGCUGUAAUUUCUGCCAACAGAGCUUUUCUUCAAAAUACAGACUCAUAAUGCAUGUGUUUAUGCACAUUGGUGGAACGCAACCACCUUCGUAUGUUUGUAAGUGGUGUGGUGAGGUAUUUCACAGUAAUGUUGGCUUGAAAAAGCAUAUGAGAAUGAGUGAGAAUUGUCGAGUUUUAACUGCAGACAGUCAUGAAAAAUAUGGACAUAGUGAUGAGCAUCAAACCACUACCUCGUUGGAUAGCGAGGCAGAAGUUUCUGUCACAGAACACAAUGACCAGUCUUCAUGUAAGGAAACUUGGAAAGAUUCAAACAAGCCCUCUAAUGACAUAUGUAACACACAUAUGACAAAUGAUAGAGAGAAAACAAGUAAUUAUGGAACUUUGUCUAUAGCUGUUAAUGUCAGUGCCCAGGCUGAUCUACUUACUGCAAACAGAACUCACAGAUGUGGCAUUUGUGGCAAAUUGUUUGCUAGGGUUGGUGUUCUCAACAGACAUGUUUCCAUUCAUACUGGGAAAAGACUUCACAAAUGUGAUAUUUGUGACAAAUGGUUUGCCCAGUCACGUUAUCUAAAGGCUCACACAUUAAUUCACACUGUGAAGAAACCUUACAUGUGCAAGAGUUGUGGGAAAUCUUUUACUAUGUUAGGUGAUCUCGAGAAACAUUCAUUAAUUCACACUGGAAAUAAACCUCACAAAUGUGAGAUUUGUGGGAAAUCUUUUACUAAGUUAGAUAAUCUCAAGCAACACUCAUUAAUUCACACUGGAAAGAAACCUCACAAAUGUGAGAUUUGUGGGAAAUCUUUUACUAGGUUAGGUGAUCUCAAGCAACAUUCAUUAAUUCACACUGGAAAGAAACCUCACAAAUGUGAGAUUUGUGGGAAAUCUUUUGCUGCGUCAGGCUCUCUCAAGAAACAUUCAUUGAUUCACACUGGAAAGAAACCUCACAAAUGUGAGAUUUGUGGGAAAUAUUUUACUAUAUUAGGCAAUCUUAAGAAACAUCUAUUACUUCACACUGGAAAGAAACCUCACAAAUGUGAGUUUUGUGGGAAAUCUUUUACUAUGUUAGGUGAUCUCAAGAAACAUGUAUUAAUUCACACUGGAAAGAAACUUCACAAAUUUGAGAUCUGUGGGGAAUCUUUUUCUACAUCAGGUGAUCUCAAGACACAUGCAUUUCAACACACUGGAAGUGGACCUCACAAAUGUGGUAUCUGGGACAAAAGUUUCACUUACUUGGAUACUCUCAAGACACAUGCAUUCCUUCACGUCAGAAAGAAAUUGUAAGUAUGUGUUAGUUUAUGCAAAUAGGUUUUCGUGGUUGGUGCCCUCAAGGCCUAUAAAAUAAUGUAUGUACCAGGGGACAAUAAAUUGUACUUUCGGCGAAAUAACUUUAAAAUCUGGUAGAAUUGUGAAAAAACUUGUAAUGAUGCGUACUAUAGAGUGCUAACAGAUGUGACAAAAAAUUCAUAUCUGUAGCUUCAGAUGUCAAGAAAUGGUAUUACCAAAUACUCAAGAAACAUGAAUCAAAUGUGUUUUUGUCAUUAGCACUGCUGCUUUUUCCUAUUGAUCUUGCGACAAGAAGAUUGUGAAUUGUGAUAAAUCCUUACAUUUGUCAGUAAUCAUAAGUAUCUUGCAAUAUUCAGUAUAAGGCCAAGGAAAUGUGAUGACUUGCUGCUUAAUAUUCCAAACAAAGUCAUCAUGUAGUACUUGUAACUGUAUUUUAGAAACAGUGACAGUAAAAAUAUAUUCAUGGCACUAGCUUCAUUGAGACUAGUAAACUCAAAACUGGAGAAACAUGAUUAUAACAAUUAUUUUACUCAGAUAUGUUUUCUCAAGAGACAUGGUGUGUCAUUAAUAGUGUGUACAUUUAUGUUCUGUUGGUACUAAUCCUGCAUUAGUAAACAUAACAACAAAUAUAAUAACCUGCUUAAUAGCAUGUUUGGCCGCCUUUGGAAUACAGUACUUUGACAAUUCUACGUGAUAUGGACUUGACACAUCAUUUACAUGCUUCUGGGUGUAUGUUGCACCAGUUGUAUUCCACACGUUCAGAUUACCUAAAUGGUAUGGUCAAGACAUCAGUGUUAGUUACCAUGCUACUCAGACCAUGCACAUGUGACAUGGACAAUUAUCCUGCUGAAAGAUGCCUCCACUAUGGGAAAGCACACCAGGAAUGAAGGAAUGCAUGCAGUUGCAAUGAAUGUCACGUAGUCUGCAACUGUCAUGAUGCCUUCUGUUGCUAACAGGUGUCCCACAGGAGCCAAAGUGACUGCCCCCAAAGCAUAAUGGGCCCUCUAUUUGGUGCCAUUCAUUUAGAUGAUAGCAUACCUGGAUGUGACUCUGACCUGGUGUAACAGGAAAUGUCACCCAUCCUGACAGUUAACAUUUGAAUUGACCCUCACACCAGCCUCAAUGAUCCCUUGCCCACUGCAGUUGCAAGUGAACGUUUUGGUGGAUCGGUAUGGAAACAUACAGUGACCAUAUGUUCCAGAGCCACACAUUCAACAAUGUACAUUGAACUGUGGGUUCCAAAACGUGUAUGGCUGCCCCAGCGUUGUUUUCUGUCAUUAGAUAUGCCACAUAUUGCCACAUCUCCAGCUUUACAGAGCAGGCAAGCUUCUGACCUCCAUACUUUGUGAAGAAGUAUAGAUGUAUUACAUCUUAUCAUAAUGUGAUGGACUUAUUACCUAUCAGCCACUUUCCUCAGAUGUUCACAACAGUAGCAUAGAUCCAUUGUACCAACUUCACCACUUUUGAGGUUAUAGUUCCCAACUGCAAUGCCACUUUAACUUGCCCUUUGCUAAAGUCAUUUACAUCAUUAAAUGUACAUGUUUGCAGCUCAUCUUACUGAUAGAACAAAAAGUGUAAAUCUCUGGUCUGCUUAUAUACUUGUAAUCUGCUUACUGCAUCAUGUGCAUACAACGCGGCAUUCAUUCUCCUCAUGAAGAGUGUUCAUGACAUUUUUGCCCAUCAGUGCAUCUUCAUGUAAAUGGGUCAGAUGCGGAAAUGUGUAAUCUAAGAAAUUCAUCAUGCUUGGUUGCCAUUUACACUAGUGCACAAUAGCUAUAUUUUUUGUGAAAUAUUUUUGUUUCACAAAGCUCUGUACAUAAUUCAGAGAUAAUAUAGGUAAGUGUUAUCCAACAAAGCUCUUAAUUACUUGUUCAGCAUCUAAUACUGCGAAAGUCCUACAAAAAAAAAAAAAAAUAGGUAAACAAACAUUAGGUGUUAUGAUUUGAUUCCAGUUUUUUUUAUACACAAGAACAACACUUGGGAGAGCUCAGAACGUGAGCACUAAAUAUUUCUUGUGUUAUAUUCAAAGAUGUUUCCAUUGUGGGUAUUUUUCUUAAUUUGUGGUAAAUAUACAUGAGGUUUUUGGAAAAUUGUACUUAUGCUUCAGUUUCAAUUUCAGAAUGAUUGUUUUUAAUUUUGAUUUCCUACCUAUUUGUUAUUGUUGAAAGUGGCUUAGUAUGUUUCAUCAUAUGUGUAACAAUGGGAGAUAGUUAUAAUUAAGUGAUUGGCACUGUUCUGUGUUGCUACACUUCAGCUGUGACACUUUGUAGUGAUAUGAUUACAUUGUAUUUCAUCUUUCCUAUGAUAGUACAUCCACAACUGCUGUAUGGGUUAUUCAUACUAGACAACAUCCGCAUACAUUUGUAUUAAAUAUUAUUUUCCAAUAAAAGGAAAGAAAAACCGGGUUUCUGGACAAUAGCCUUAUAUUCCAAUGAAUAUGAAAAUGUACUACAAAGUGUGGCGACUAUACAUAAUAUGAAUCUCUAAGAAACAGUAAAAUUUGUAGUAAC